GCGUUCGUACAAUGGUUCCUCUGUUUCCCUAUUGGAUGGAGCCUCUGCAAUUUUGCCAUUUCCAGUAAUAGCGUGGAGAGUGGUUCAUUUCUGAGCCAGGAGGAAAGGAGAAGAUUGAAUCUUUCCAUGUUUAGUCAAUGUCUACGGCGCCAUAUUAGAACCUCUCAACUCCCAGUCUCCCUUAUUAGUUAUUACACACACCCACCCCUCCAAAAUUUCAGAAGAAGGAAGUCACUGGCUUUAGUAGCUCUGUAGCUGGUAUCUUGAGAGCCACAAUGGCGUCCCCUGGAGAUUCAUCUCAUGUGUUUCCAAGAAGGAGGAGCUUCUUUAUUAGGAAGGGAGGAGAGCCCAAAACACCAACCACCAUCGACUCCAGGAAACCUACUGCAGGGGAUGAUACACCCACGAAACCUUUGUUCACCGGAAGUCCACAAUCAAGCUCUUCUGGGACAAACAAGAGAUCAGAACAGAAAAGAAUCAAAAGGGAAACGUCAACACCCAAACCAGCAACGCACGAAAAUCAUAACGUGGGUAAUGGAGGUCGUGGUGAUCUGCAGCUAAGUGUAAAGGUAGAGGAAGCAUUCUUCCAGGAAGAUGAAGCAACUCCACCACCGAAGGAACAUCAGCCUCAUCAUGCACUGUCCAAACUGGUCGGACCUCCAGCUCCAGGAUCCCCGGCCAAAGCCAAGCAGCUAAGCUCACAAAUCCGCCAAGCCUACGCAUUAUCCAUCCCUAAUGUGAAGACUGCCCUCGUUGCUUUCCUAACAACAGCAUCUCCCAACGAUGUCGACGGUAUGAUACAACAGGCGAACAGCGCCUUCGCAUCUCUGGAAGUCCACGGUGCUGAUUACCGGUCUUUCUAUGAUGGAGUCAGGGCAUAUAUCUGCUACUGCUCUCAACUCUCUGCUACAGAGAAAGAGUUGCAAGACAAUGAGGACAACAUCGGGGUGCUGGCUCGACACAAGCAGCUCAGCAAAGAAAUUACCAAGGGAUCGAAGGCCGUUUAUAAGCUCGACGAUGAGUUGCAGCAUGAAGCAAGCUUCAUGGUGCAGCUGGAAUCACGAGUUGAAGAUGCUAGAGAGGCGCUCAAAGAGAUGGAGAUGGAGCUUGAAGAAAGGAAGAUGAGGGUGGCUGAGCUGGAAGGUGUGAAGAUUCAGAAGCUGAAGGUAUUGGAAAUGAAUAUAGAUGGAGUGGGCAAGAUUGCUGGGAAGGCAAAAUGCAUUGAAGAGAUUAUUAAGGACAUUGUUUCUAGGCUCGAGCUGGCCAAGAUCGCUGUCGAACAGUCUAGGGCUGAAUUGUUCAGAGGUUAGCUUAGGGAUUCAGGUUUAAGGCAUUUCUCUUAUUAACAAUAGUCGAAGACCCUUACUUGGGUGAUCAUCACUAAUCCUGUAGUUUGUUCUGAUCAUCAAGGAGAUUGUUUCUAGGCUCCAGCUGGGCAAGGCUGUUGUUGAACUGUCUAGAGAUUAGCUUAGUAAGCAGUAGAGGGAAUGAUGCAUUUCUCUUAUUAACAACAAUCGAACACCCUUAGUUGAUGAUGACUAAUCUUGUAGUUUGUUCUGAAUAUUACUGAUCAAUGAAUGCAGAAGCUCACCUGUUCUUCUGGUA